AUGUCUAAUACUCUCGCUGUCUUUGGCGCAACUGGCGUCCAGGGUGGUUCCCUCAUCAACUAUGUGCUCAACGACCCCGAGCUAUCCCAGAAAUACCGGAUCCGUGCCAUUACUCGUGAUGUCGACUCGGAAAAGGCCAAACAGCUCAAGGAAAAGACCGAGGUCGUCCAGGCCGAUAUAUCCGACGAGGCCUCACUGGAAGCGGCCCUGGAAGGCGUCCACACUGUUUUUGCUGUAACAGUACCUUCCUUUGGCCCCGACGGCCUGGAGAUCGAAUAUAACAAUGGAAAGACAAUCGCGGACGUUGCUGUGCAGAAAGGCUCCAAAUAUAUUAUCUUCAGCACGCUGCCAGCAGUCAGUGAGAUAUCGGGUGGCAAAUAUCCCCAUGUUACCAUGUUCGACGCCAAGGCAAAGAUUGAGCACUAUAUUCGAGGUCUCCCCAUAAAGAGCGCAUUCGUGUCAUUGGGAUUUUUCAUGCAGAAUUUACACACUCAACCAUUUCUGGCCCCUCAGCCGGCUCCGGAUGGCACCUGGGUUCUGUCUCGCCACAUCUCUCCUAAGAAUCAAAUACCUUAUAUCGACGCGGUUAAGGAUACAGGAACAAUCAUUGGCGCCAUCCUUGCCGAGCCUGACAAGUACGAAGGGAAGACAUUCUGUGCAGCCGAAAAAAUGUACAGCCUGGAAGAGAUAGUGGCCCUCAUGUCCAAGGCCUCGGGAAAGACAAUCGUGUACAAGCAGGUCUCACUUGACGAGUUCAAGAAUAGCAUGCCAUUCGCACCUGAUGUCUUCGCUGAUGGUUUCAGCUUUCAAGAAGAGUUUGGGGGUUACUGGGGCCCCGGUUCCGGCGAUUUAGCUACUUGGGCAGCUGAAAAUGCCCGAGGCAGACUCUCCACACUUGAAGAAUAUUUAGAGGCGCACCCUCUUCAGCUUUCAUAG